GACUUCCGUUUCCGAAUCUACACUCUCGGCGCAGGGGUCCAGUAUUGUAGAUUCCGUGAGGAGUAUUGUCCAUCCUGCAAGUGCUACUUCGUCGGCAAUUGGAUGUACAAGAAGAAUGCGGGCAUCGGCGGUCGCGCAAACUUCGGCAAGAUGUCUGGCAUCACCGCCGUGUCCACGAAGGCGGCCUUGCCGUACGUCGUGGUGGCCCGGGAGAAAGCGUGGUACGCGGUGGACCUGCAGCUGUUGCAGUUCAUAACUGAUGAUUUGCAACACAGCGGAGGCACGUUCACAUCUGCCAUCCACGUGUGGGCCAAGCAGCACCCAGGGCGCGAGCAGCAAAACCUCAUCCUGGGCGACUUCAUGACGCAGACAGACAACACGCGCGUGCGUCUGGAGGACGCCUGGUACAUGCACAAUGCAAUUCGUCUGGCAGGAGCCAACGCUGAGAGUAUUGAGUGGUCUUUCACGGAGAGCGGAAUAGAGCGCGCCCUUACGAAUAUUGCGGCAUGCGUGCGAAGGGCGCACCUGGCGCGCAUCGCGGAGCACGUGCGGACGUGCCCGAAAUGCGUUGACAAGCUCGUGGUGUUGCUUGAUGGCAAGCACGGCGCCCGCCGAUUCAUCUGCGGCGGCUUGGAGGGCUAUGAACCCAUGGAGGGCCUGGAGUUGGAGUUGUACACUGGCUGCCAACGGAAUGCCCCCACGAAACAAUUCUUUUGCAAGUUCUGCCGCCCGUCCAAGAUAGAGCAAGCGCACUUGCUACCCCAGAAGGAGAUCUUGGGCGUCGCUCCUCCAGGACCGGCCGCUGACGGCGACUCCGCGCUGCGGUACGUGGUGAGCUGCUACGACCCCGAUUUGCCAGAACGCCCCUUCGAGGUGCACUUGCCGCGAGCCGAGGUGGAGAAGGACUUGUUGGCGAAGUUCGAGAAGUCGCUGCUUCGGAGCCGGGGCGAUCACGGCAACAAGAAGUCGCGCCCGGCGUGGAUCAAGGGAAGCCGGCAAUUUGCGCGCUGGCUGAGGAAACAGGCGCCGGCUUGUGAGCCGGCCAGCUCGGUCGCGGCGAGCAAUGGCGCAGGCGCCCGGGGCGGGGCAAAGAAGGCUCGGCGUGGCUCUGCUUCUCGGGCGCCUGCCCGGAAGGCUGCCCAGGCGGUCAGGAGUGGCAAGGGCAAGGCCGCGGGCAUUUCCCGCCGAUCAGGAAGAGGGAGUGCCAGCGGGGCCUUGGCCACGGCACCGAAGCGGUCAGCUCCAGCCAAGUCGAAGAAGCGGCCGGCGGCGGCCGAUGUGAGCAGCAGCGCAAGCAGUGCCCACUCAUUGAGGAGCCGCUGCAAGGGAUGGCUUUCUCUGGACAGCAAGCAGGAGGAAGCUAUCCAGGCGUGCGGCGUUGACAAACUCCACGGGAGCAACAAAGUCAGACGCUGCACUGGAGGCAUCGUGACAGCAGUAACAUCGUGCGGCAUGCUGGUGGACUGGAUGGAGCUCUUCCGGGGCGAGUCCAUCGAGCUGCUAUAUGCGUUCGCGCUGCGGCUUCACAAGGAUGGCCGCGAGCUGGGCUUCGUCAUUGCGGCCCUGGGGUACGACAAUGCGUGCAAGCUUCUGUCACUUGCCCGGGCGAAGGAAACGCAGUUCCUACCAUGGACGAAGUCUUUCGUGGAGGAAGUGCGGAUGGUGUUGGACAGGUUCCACCGGGACAACCACACUUGGUGUUUGAACAACAUGCCAGAAGUGGACCCCCUGAGGCCAGAUAAUGCCAAGUUGUUGGACAAGAAAAACACGGAGGCAUGUGAGCAGUUGAACUCUUGGAUCAGCGGGAGGACACGGAGUGGCCUCGAGAUGACGCGGGGGCACUUCCAGAUGCACUGGUGGAUCCUUUUUGACGCCCACAACCAAUGGCUCGAGCGAGAAGCGGCAUGCGAGCGCAGGCGUUGCGAGGCGGGGCCCAUGCAGCGCCGGGAGAGUCGCCGCCCGGGUCGCGGCGCAGACGCAAGCCAACAGUUGCCAGCAAUGACGAAAGGAGAAAUCCGGACCUUGUACCGCAUCCUGGAGAACCAGAACCCGUUCCCCGAAGAAGCUGCGCGCCGGGCGACGCCACUCAUGUGGAAGGUGGCCUCGGCGCUGGGCAAGGCGACAUCUCUGCACGCUUCGUGUGUCUACGUCCACCUCAUGAUUCUGGUAGCCACAACGCUUGGGGCAGUUCAACUCAGGUACGGUGGCAUACUAUCCCGACACUGCAACUUGCUCAUGCUACAGCAUGGCGAACCUGGCGACGGAAAAUCGGUCGCCCUCUGGCUGGACGUGCAGGUGUUAGGAUUCUACGACAUGAUACGGGAGAGGCGCUCCAAGAAGAAGUACGAGGAUGCCGCCCAGAAGCACAAGGACGACCCAGACAAUAACCCAGAGCCAGCAAAAGAACACGCCAAAGACACGAUCUUCAACAAGGGUACCUUCAUCGGUCUCGGGAACUUCAUGCAGGCGCAAGGGGAAACGGCGUUUCUCGCGCUGCACGAGGGGAAGACGUGGCUACCGCAGACCUUCGACAACGGGCCAGGCGGCGGCAUCGAUGAUCUGAACCAGAUUCACGAUCAUGAUCUGUACAAGAACCACCCUGGGAACACGCAGAACCGUUUCUUGGUGCGGAACCCGCACUUGUGCGGUGCGGUCAUGAUGCACAUUGAGGAAGUGUACGAGCAAGCACAGAAGCCCGACACAACAGCAGGCAUGAUGAGAUUCCUGAUCGGCCACUUCACCGCCGUCGUGAACAAGAUCCUACCCGAUGUACCAGCACCUCAGGUGGCGCGCCUCCUGGAGGACGAUCCAGAUUACUUCAACGACUUGGAAUACGACCAUGUAGUGACCGCUAUCGGGAAGGUUAUGCUGACGGCCUCGGCGCUGUACGUACGGGGAGAGGAGCGCCCGGACGAGAAGAACAAGAAGAACAGGUACUCCAAGGUGCGUGGGACGCAUUUUCUGCCGUGGGCUGAGGACGUGAUGGAGCACUUCCGCAAGCAAUUCAACUCGGCUGCGGACUACGUGCGGGAGGAGGCGCGCGCGUCGAAGGGCGCGGACGAAGACAGUGGAUAUGCCACUGCGCGGAAGGACAUGACGAGGACGCUCCAGUUCAUCCCGCCUUUGGACAUAGGCGAGAAGGUCAUCGACUACUUGCUGCAGAAGGCUGGCAAGACGCCGGACAUGAUCAGGGAGAUGACCGGCGAGGAGAUCGUGAACUGCCUCGGGGAGGGCGAGGUGCCUCUUGACUUCGUGGACUCCGUGGACCGGGUCGCCGUCGCCCCGGAGAUUCAGGGGCCAGCGCCGCAUUUCCGGAACCCUUUGUCCUCUGGGUCCCAGGGCCAGCCCGCGCAG